AAGUAUCAUGGAGGAUCAGUAGGAGAACUGAGGCCAUACAAGAAAACCGAGCUGUGGGUCCAAACUCUGGAGUUGAACAUUGUAUUGCCAUAUUUUUAUUUUUUUAUUUUACGUUAACCUAGUGUUUUAUAUUUUACUAAUAAUGGAGAUGAAAAAGAGGAUCAGUUUAGAAUUGAGGAAUAGGACACCAGCGGAGGUGACAGAGCUGGUGGUGGAUAACUGCCGCACCAGUGAUGGUGAAGUAGAGGGCCUGACAGAUGACUUCAAGGAGCUGGAAUUCCUCAGCAUGGUCAACGUUGGACUCACCUCCCUGGCAAAGCUACCGUCGCUGCCCAAACUGCGCAAGUUGGAGCUGAGUGACAACAAUAUCUCAGGUCAUUUGGAGACACUUUCAGAGAAAUCCCCCAACCUGACGUAUCUAAACCUGAGUGGCAACAAGAUAAAGGAGCUGAGCAACGUUGAGGCCCUGCAAAAUCUGAAGAACCUGAAGAGCCUGGACCUGUUUAACUGUGAGAUCACCACACUGGAGGAGUACCGUGAGAGCAUCUUUGAGCUGCUGCCUCAGGUCACCUACCUGGACGGCUUCGACCAGGAGGACAACGAGGCCCCUGACUCAGAGGCAGACGCCGACGAUGAUGAGGGGGAGGACGGAGCCGGACCAACAGGGGACUAUGACGAUGAAGAUGACGACGAGGAGGAGGAAGAGGAGGUCUCGGAAGGAAGAGAGGUUGGGCUCUCUUACCUAAUGAAGGAAAAGAUCCAGGAUGAAGAGGAUGAUGAUGACUACGCAGAGGAGGAGGAUGGAAAAGAGAAGGCAGGAGUCAAAGUUGAGAAGAGGAAGAGGGAUGCUGAGGAUGAAGGGGAGGAUGAUGAUGAUGACGAUGACGACGAUGAUGACUAGGCUUGUCUUUCCCCAGCGAACCUCUGGAUCCAGAUCCAAGCUGUAGAACAAUAACCACAAAAAAGUGUGAUCUUGCAGAUUGUUUCUCUUUGUAUACCAUAGAUAUCACUAUAGAGGCUGUUUUUUUUCUUCGUUUUUAUAUAUAUGAGAUACAAUAUGAAAAUGAGAUUUUAUCGACAAUUAAUUUGUUAAUCAUUCCAUGUUAAACGACCACCCCAAAUCUCUUCAAUGUGUAAGGGCUCUAAAAUAAAUGGAUGAGGGGGGGGCUGGUUUUAUCUCGAA